AUGGCGGAGUUCGUGCGUGCCCAGAUCUUUGGCACAACCUUUGAGAUCACCAGCCGAUACACCGAUCUCCAACCUGUGGGAAUGGGUGCAUUUGGCCUGGUCUGUUCGGCGAGAGAUCAAUUGACCGGUCAACCGGUGGCUGUUAAGAAGAUUAUGAAGCCGUUCAGUACGCCGGUGCUCUCGAAGCGCACAUAUCGAGAACUCAAGCUGCUCAAGCAUCUACGACAUGAGAAUGUGAGUGGAGCCCCUCCGUUUCUCCGCCGACCUGAAGAUAUUGACUCGUUGUCUCAGGUCAUCAGCCUUAGUGAUAUUUUCAUCUCUCCAUUAGAAGAUAUCUACUUUGUUACCGAACUGCUGGGCACCGACUUGCACCGACUCCUAACCUCCCGACCCCUCGAGAAACAAUUCAUCCAGUACUUCCUCUAUCAAAUUUUACGCGGCUUAAAAUACGUUCACUCCGCAGGUGUCGUCCAUCGUGAUUUAAAGCCCAGUAAUAUCCUCAUUAAUGAAAAUUGCGAUCUGAAGAUAUGCGACUUUGGCCUAGCUAGAAUCCAAGACCCACAGAUGACCGGAUAUGUGUCGACGAGAUACUAUCGCGCCCCCGAGAUUAUGCUUACAUGGCAAAAAUACGACGUUGAAGUUGACAUCUGGAGCGCUGGGUGUAUAUUUGCGGAAAUGCUCGACGGAAAGCCUCUCUUCCCUGGAAAAGACCACGUCAACCAAUUCUCCAUCAUCACCGAACUCCUAGGCACCCCUCCGGACGAUGUCAUCAAAACCAUCUGCAGCGAAAACACUCUCCGAUUUGUUCAAUCUCUGCCAAAACGAGAACGGCAACCACUUGCUAGCAAGUUCAAGAACGCCGAUCCAGCAGCUGUCGAUUUACUCGAGCGGAUGCUUGUCUUCGAUCCGAAAAAACGAAUUACGGCAGGUGAUGCGCUUGCCCAUGAAUAUCUAUCUCCAUACCACGACCCUACCGACGAGCCAGUCGCCGAAGAGAAGUUCGAUUGGUCAUUUAACGACGCCGACUUGCCAGUGGACACCUGGAAAAUUAUGAUGUACUCGGAGAUUCUGGAUUACCAUAACAUCGACCAAGCUGCCGAUCCCACCCAAGCUGGACUGCAAUAG